AUGGAUUCUGGUAAUGAAGAAGGGCUAGCCAGGAGAAAUUCCACAUUUACCUACAAAGCCUCGGAGGAGUCAACCAGACCAGAAUUUCGGCAUGAAACCGCUGCCGCACAAGACGAAGACCCAUUACUCAGUGACGAGGAGCAGAGCCCAAGGCAGGGCUUUUCUGAGUCAAACAGCCUUCGUAUACAGUCUAAGGGGUUGACCGAACUACCAGCUUGGUCAACGAUACUCCUGACUUUGUUGAUCCUCGGCUUGAUCCUGUUUUUCCAAGCUUUCAGUUACUAUGCGAACCUCCUCCUCCGCAGUCAUGAACAUACAACACAUGAUCAAGCUGUUGGCAUGCUAGGGAUUCCGUGCCAUCCUGGAGAGCAUAUUCAUCGCAAAGCUACGACCUUAAACUACAACUUCACAGUCUCUGCUGCUUUCGAAAGACCAGAUGGGGUCAAGAAGCGUGUCUAUCUGGUCAAUGGUGCUUUUCCAGGGCCAACAAUUGAGUGCCGGGCUGGUGAUACCUUGUCAAUUCAUGUUACAAACGCAAUCAGUGAUGGCGAGGGGAUAUCUCUGCAUUGGCAUGGAUUAGAGAUGAGGAAUGCCAACCAGAUGGACGGUGCUAUUGGCUUCACCCAGGCCCCCAUUCCUGUUGGAAGUACAUUCACGUACGAGUUUCAAAUCGAUCAAAACCAGUCCGGUACCUUUUGGUGGCACGCUCACUCACAGGUGCAAAGAGGAGAUGGACUAUACGGCGGUCUCAUCGUGCAUCAACCAGUUGUCAAUCAAACGGAGCCGCGACCGUCCGAAGCACUUCUUCUGGUGGGGGACUGGUAUCACCGCACCGCGCAGGACGUCCUGGCUUGGUUCACAAGUGCAGCCGCAAUAGGAAACGAGCCUGUGCCAGAUUCCAUCCUGAUCAAUGGUAAAGGGAUAUUUGACUGCUCAAUGGCUGUAACAGCACGCCCUGUUGAGUGUAGUUCCGUGGAAAGCAACCACUUCCUCCCAAUUUUUGACAGACAUGCACGAGAAGGGAAUGUUCGACUCAGGAUCGUCAAUGCAGGUUCUCUCGCCGGCUUCACGCUGAAGUUUAGCGGCGCGAAAGUCAAGCCUCUGGCCGCGGACGGAGAUAAUCCAAUUGAAGCCGAUGGUCACUACAACUCAGUAGGUGUCAUCUAUCCAGGGGAACGAGUCGAUCUCUUGCUCGAGUGGACAGGUGCAUCUAUACUACCACCCAAAGUGGAAAUCCAACUGGAUCCUGAAAACUUUAGACUCCCGAACCCUGCCCUGAGCCCAAAUCAAGACUUUGUGCUGUUAAAGCCUGCAAUCGUCUCGAGAACAAAUCGAGUGAUUGCCCGGUCGCUGGACCGCCAUCACCUUCGUCUUGAGCAACAAAACGAAGAGCCAGUCCACUUCGACCUCGAGUCGGCGACGGGAAUUACCUAUGGAAGUGCUGCGUUCGAGCUUCCGGAACCCAGUCAAGAACCUAUAGUCGUGUAUACCAAAACAGAAAAGCUCGCACGACUUUCUUAUCACCCCAAGUCGUUUAUCAAUCGAACUUCCUGGUCCCCGCAAACAGACUCUGACACCGGCUUGAGACAGCCAUUGAUCUCCCUCCCUCGUCACCAGUGGGACCGCAACCAACUGGUCCCGUACAUCGCUCUUCCGCUGACUGUCGAUAGCAACGAGACAAUGGCUGGCACUGGCAAGAAUGGCACAUGCAUCGACAUCAUAAUCAACAACCUUGACGAUGGUGCUCAUCCAUUCCAUCUUCACGGACAUUCCUUUUGGGUGUUGCGUUCCUAUCGCGCUGAAGAUCGCAGCUGGGGAAGCUUUAAUCCAUACUCUUCAACACCACCCGACAGCGACCACGCCUCUCACUUUCGCUUGAAUACACGAACUCCUAUUCGAAAGGAUACGAUCAGUGUCCCUAGGAGAGGUCAUGUAGUCCUCAGAUUGUGGACAGACAACCCGGGCAUCUGGAUGUUACACUGCCAUGUACUGGUUCACCAGGCGAGCGGAAUGGCCAUGGGUCUUCAAAUUGGUGGCGAUUUGGACAGUACAAGGGGGCUGAGCUUCUAA